GCAAAAGCCAGAGGUGCAAGAAGCAGAGACUGCAGCCACAGACACAGCAGGAACCGCCGAGUCCGCAGGAACAGCAGCAGCAGCAGCAGCAGCAGCAGCAGCAGCCGCCCAGCAGCAGCCCUCAUCAAAUCCUCACCUACGCUCUCAGUACAUCCAGAUCCACGUCUUCACUCGAGCCGGGAGAGGGAAAGAGGAAAGGGGGGGAGGAAAAAAAAAAAACCCAACAACUUAGCGGAAACUUCUCAGAGAAUGCUCCAAAACUCAGCAGUGCUUCUGGUGCUGGUGAUGAGUGCUUCUGCAACCCACGAGGCGGAGCAGAAUGACUCUGUGAGCCCCAGGAAAUCCCGAGUGGCAGCUCAGAACUCAGCUGAAGUGGUUCGCUGCCUCAACGGCGCUCUGCAGGUUGGCUGUGGGGCUUUCGCGUGCCUGGAAAACUCCACCUGUGACACAGAUGGCAUGUAUGACAUCUGCAAGUCCUUCUUGUACAGCGCUGCUAAAUUUGACACUCAGGGAAAAGCCUUUGUCAAAGAGAGCUUGAAGUGCAUCGCCAAUGGGGUCACCUCCAAGGUCUUCCUCGCCAUCCGGAGGUGCUCUACUUUCCAGAGGAUGAUUGCUGAGGUUCAGGAAGAGUGCUACAGCAAGCUGAAUGUAUGCAGCAUCGCCAAGCGCAACCCUGAGGCCAUCACUGAGGUCGUGCAACUGCCCAAUCACUACUCCAACAGAUACUAUAACAGACUCGUCCGUAGCCUUCUGGAAUGUGACGAAGACACUGUCAGCACAAUCAGAGACAGCCUGAUGGAGAAAAUUGGGCCCAACAUGGCCAGCCUCUUCUACAUCCUGCAGACAGAUCACUGCGCCCAAGCACACCCACGAGCUGACUUCAGCAGGAGGCGCACUAGUGAGCCACAGAAGCUGAAAGUCCUCUUCAGGAACGUGCGAGGUGAGGGGGACUCUCCCUCCCACAUCAAACGCACCUCUCACGAGAGUGCGUAACCAGGGAGAGGUAUUGGCAACCUCACCAAACUAGUAUCAUUUUAGGGGUGUUGAUACACCAACUUUGAGUGUACUGUGCCUGGUUUGAUUUUUUUAAAGUAGUUCCUAUUUUCUAUUCCCCUUAAAGAAAAUUGCAUGAAACUAGGCUUCUGUAGUCAAUAGGCCAACAUUCUCCAGUGGCAGCAUUUCCAUAAACAGAACACGUGCGAGCGUUCUGCCUGUCCUCGGGAGAACGUGCCCUCUGUCAUCGCCUCCCUCCAGCGAUGUCUUUCCCCAGCUCCCCUCUGACUACCCUCAAACACAAAACAUUCAUGUAUCUUCCUAGUCAUUGUAAUUUGACAAUGUGGAGCCCUUUAGAGUGGUUGCCCCAGUAGAGUUAGCGGAUAUGAAUAACUUUAUUUAAAUGCAUGUCGUAAAUGCUCAUAAAGAUGUUAAAUGGAAUUCGUGUUAUGAAUCUGUGCUGGCCAUGGACGAAUAUGAAUGUCAUGUUUGAAUUCUUGAUCUCUAAUGAGCUAGUGUCUUAUGGUCUUGAUCCUCCAAUGUCUAAUUUCCUUUCUGACACAUUUACCAAAUUGCUCGAGUCUGGCUCUCCAACCAGACUUUGAGCCUGCAUCUUCUUGCAUCUAAUGAAAAACAAAAAGCUAACAUCUUUAUGUACUGUAACUGCUCAGAGCUUUAAAAGUAUCUUUAACAAUUGUCUUAAAACCAGAGAAUCUUAAGGUCUAACUGUGGAAUAUAAAUAGCUGAAAACUAAUGUACUGUACAUAAAUUCCAGAGGACUCUGCUUAACAAAGCAGUAUAUAAUAACUUUAUUGCAUAUAGAUUUAGUUUUGUAACUUAGCUUUAUUUUUCUUUUCCUGGGAAUGGAAUAAUUAUCUCACUUCCAGAUAUCCACAUAAAUGCUCCUUGUGGCCUUUUUUAUAACUAAGGGGGUAGAAGUAGUUUUAACUCAACAUCGAAACUUAAGAUGGACCUAUACAAGAUAGGAAAAACCAACAGGUUUAUCUAAAGGACCCCAGGUAAGAUGUUAACCUCCCAGCCCACCUCAACCCAGAGGCUACACUUGACUUAGACUUAUCCUGAACCAGCUCUGUCAAAUCCAACUGUGAAUUAUAGGAACCCAAAAGAGCAUCCCUUUGGGCUCAGACCACUUAGCGUGAUAAGGCCAACUAUACCUUGGGAAGUGGUGGUGCCUAGCUCGCCAUCUUUCAUCCACUCCUGGCUCUCUGGCAGAUGAUGAUGGGGUGGGAGAUUGGCCACAAAAUCAAUCAGGGAUGAGUCAGUGAGCCUUUGGGUCUUCAGUCCGGGGGACUUGGGGCUGAGGGAGCAUAAGUAACCCUGGGCUGUCCAGCCUUAAUAGAUUCCUCUUACAUUUUUGACCUGUAGCAUGCUGCCUGCCAAAGUAGCCCUGGCAGCUGGACCAUCUCUGUAGGAUCGUUUAAAAAAAGAAAAAAAAAAAAGAAAAGAAAAAAAAAGAAAGAAAGAGGGAAAACGAGCUGGUGGUUUGAUCAUUCCUGCCGUGAUGUUUACAAGAUGGCAACCACCAAAGCCAAAUGACUAACCUAUCUAUGAACAGCAGUCGUUUCUCAGGGUCACUGUCCUUAAACCCAACAGUCCCUUAUGAGCGUCACUGCCCACCAAAGGUCAAUGUUGAGAGAGGAAGAGGGAGGAGGGUUAGUUCUGCAGGGGCCACUCCAAACUCGCUUGGGUAGAAACUAUUGGUGCUUGACUCUCACUAGGCUAAACUCAAGAUUUGACCAAGUCGAGUGAGAAGGACCCUGGUGGGAGGAGGGAUGGCACCUCUCCAGAAAAAUGAAAAGCAAUACAACUUUACCACGAAGCCUUUAAAACGUGCUGCUCAAGGAGCAAGAUCAAGGGCAGCAGACCCAGCAGCUGCGGCAGUACAAAUGCUGCUGCCUCUGUCCCCACGUAGCCUCUAAGCGUGCUGACAUCAGAUUGUAAGGGCGUUUUUAUACUCAGAACUGUCCCAUCCCCAGGUCCCCAGACAAAUGGACACUGCCUUAGCCUCUUGGAAAUCAGGUAGAGCAUACUCUAAGUUAGAUACCCCCUCUCUCCCCCACGUCCCACCCCAGGCAAGGCUGACUUCUCUGAACCAGAAAAGCGAAUCAAGUGUGUGUGUUGUGUCCAUUUUGCAAACCCACUAACCCAGGACCCCAAAGUGACAAGUACUUCAUGAGGAUUCCUAGCAAAAUUCUCUCUUAUUUCAGUCCAGUAGAUUGUCUCUGUCUCUUUUUCUUUUUGGCUAUGACCUCUUCAAACCAUGGUACCCCCUUUUCUCCCCCACGGUAAUAUUUAUAUAUGUAGCUACAAUACAUAUAUCUACACACAUGGAAAGAAGCAGUUCUCACGAUGUUGCUAGUUUUUUGCUUCUCUUUCCCCCUCCUCACUCCCUCCGACUCUUCCUUAAACUUCCAAAGCUUCGUCUUGUGUUUGUGGCACAGAGUGAUUCGGGGCUGACCUAGACCAGUUGCAUGACUCCUCUCUCUCUCUCGUGAUUUGGUUGCACUUUAGAUAUUUUUGUGCCAUUAUAUUUGCAUUAUGUAUUUAUAAUUUAAAUGAUAUUUAGGUUUUUGGCUGAGUACUGGAAUAAACAGUGAGCAUAUCUGGUAUAUGUCAUUAUUUAUUGUUAAAUUACAUUUUUAAGCUCCAUGUGCACAUAAAGGUUAUGAAACAUAUCAUGGUAAUGACAGAUGCAAGUUAUUUUAUUUGCUUAUUUUUAUAAUUAAAGAUGCCAUAGCAUAAUAUGAAGCCUUUGGUGAAUUCCUUCUAAGAUAAAAUAAUGAUAAUAAAGUGUUAUGUUUUAUUGGUUUC